GCAGAAGGGGGCGUGUCUUGUCUGGCAGGAGGGGAGUUGUGAUUUACACACCCAAGGUAGAGAAGACAACUCAACCCAGAGGAGCAACACUAAAAAGGUUACACAUUUCUUUCCAACUUUGACGUUACUGAACAGAGAGGUGUUUUCCAAAGCUCUCUUGACAUUUGUUGAUACCCUCAGAGCUGAUUUAUUUGACCAGACUAGAACUGAUAGGAUUAUUGAUCACAUUGAUCAGGUACCUCUAACCCACCAAACAUUAUCGGAGGUCGGAGGUUACACCUUGCUGGAAGUUUCUGGAUUAUACUUUUUGUUGUUUGUUGGAGACUACUGAUUGGUUAAAGGACGUGUUUGGAGCCUGCUGAUUGGCUGGUUGAGUGUCUCCAAAAAUAUUCACCCCAGAACUGAUGCACGAAGAUGAGGAGAAACCAACUAGAGGCCACUACCACCUUGAGGUCUCUGUGACAAUGGAGUCCCAGCCGCCACCUCCUCACAUCGUCCCCAACGGCAACCCUUCCUCAUCAACGAUAACGGACCACAUCCCUAACGCCAAGCUUAACCAGGACGACCGACGGACUAGCGGCGGAGCUAGCAGCAAAUCCAGCCGGCUGAUUCGGUCGCUUAGCAACGGUCUCCGGAAACACAGCGACUACAUCAAGAUUUCGGUACCGGAAGGCCGUAGCAACCGGUUGCCGCGGGAAUGGUGGAAAACAGGGGUGGCGUUUGUGUACGCGUUAUUCAACCUCAUUCUGACCACCGUCAUCAUCACCGUCGUACACGAACGGGUACCGGAUAAAUCGGUCAGUCCGCCGUUACCGGAUAAGUUCUUUGACUAUGUGGACCGUGUACCGUGGGCGUUUACGGUAACCGAAGUCAACGGGAUGGUGUUGGUGGGACUUUGGUUCAUACAGUGGCUCUUCCUCAAACACAAGUCCAUCAUUGGUCGAAGGUGUUUCUUCAUGAUUGGAACGUUGUACAUGUACCGUUGUGUCACCAUGUAUAUCACCACGCUGCCUGUACCUGGCAGACAUUUCACCUGCGCUCCCAAGCUUUAUGGAGACUCUGAAGGGAUGGUGUGGCGUAUUCUGGGUCUGAUUAGUGGAGGAGGCCUGUCAAUCACCGGGGGGCAUCUCAUGUGUGGAGACUUCCUCUACAGUGGACACACUGUAACCCUCACACUGGCAUACCUGUUUAUCCAAGAGUACUCCCCCAAGAAGAUGUGGUGGUACGUGUGGUUGUGCUGGUUGCUAAGUGCUGUGGGCGUGGUCUGUAUCCUGAUUGGUCAUGAGCAUUACAGCAUUGAUGUUGUCUUCGCCUACUUUAUUACAUCACGCCUCUUCUGGUGGUAUCACACCAUGGCCAACACACAGGUAGGAUAUAUACUCUUCUGGUGGUAUCACACCAUGGCCAACACACAGGUAGGAUAUAUACUCUUCUGGUGGUAUCACACCAUGGCCAACACACAGGUAGGAUAUAUACUCUUCUGGUGGUAUCACACCAUGGCCAACACACAGGUAGGAUAUAUACUCUUCUGGUGGUAUCACACCAUGGCCAACACACAGGUAGGAUAUAUACUCUUCUGGUGGUAUCACACCAUGGCCAACACACAGGUAGGAUAUAUACUCUUCUGGUGGUAUCACACCAUGGCCAACACACAGGUAGGAUAUAUACUCUUCUGGUGGUAUCACACCAUGGCCAACACACAGGUAGGAUAUAUACUCUUCUGGUGGUAUCACACCAUGGCCAACACACAGGUAGGAUAUAUACUCUUCUGGUGGUAUCACACCAUGGCCAACACACAGGUAGGAUAUAUACUCUUCUGGUGGUAUCACACCAUGGCCAACACACAGGUAGGAUAUAUACUCUUCUGGUGGUAUCACACCAUGGCCAACACACAGGUAGGAUAUAUACUCUUCUGGUGGUAUCACACCAUGGCCAACACACAGGUAGGAUAUAUACUCUUCUGGUGGUAUCACACCAUGGCCAACACACAGGCUCUACGUGGGGCAUCUAACAACUACCUGUCAAGGACCUGGUGGAACCCCGUGUUUAACUUCCUGGAGCGUAACGUCAUGGAAACCGUUCCCUGUGCGUUCUCCUGUCCCGUCUCUCUGCCCUCUGCAUGGUGUAACAUUAACCCCUGUGAGAGAUACUCCAUGGUAGAGGGGGAUGGGAACAGAGACGAGUAGAGGGGAGAGGCCUGUCUCUCACCCUCCUUGUAGUAACAACACCUCCAUGGUAGAGGAGGAUGGGAACAGAGACUAGUGGAGGGGAGAGGCCUGUCUCUCACCCUCCUUGUGGUAACAACACCUCCAUGGUAGAGGAGGAUGGGAACAGAGACUAGUGGAGGGGAGAGGCCUGUCUCUCACCCUCCUUGUAGUAACAACACCUCCAUGGUAGAGGAGGAUGGGAACAGAGACUAGUGGAGGGGAGAGGCCUGUCUCUCACCCUCCUUGUAGUAACAACAACCCCAUGGUAGAGGAGGAUGGGAACAGAGACUAGUAGAGGGGAGAGGCCUGUCUCUCACCCUCCUUGUGGUAACAACACCUCCAUGGUAGAGGGGGAUGGGAACAGAGACUAGUGGAGGGGAGAGGCCUGUCUCUCACCCUCCUUGUGGUAACAACACCUCCAUGGUAGAGGGGGAUGGGAACAGAGACUAGUGGAGGGGAGAGGCCUGUCUCUCACCCUCCUUGUGGUAACAACACCUCCAUGGUAGAGGAGGAUGGGAACAGAGACUAGUGGAGGGGAGAGGCCUGUCUCUCACCCUCCUUGUGGUAACAACACCUCCAUGGUAGAGGAGGAUGGGAACAGAGACUAGUGGAGGGGAGAGGCCUGUCUCUCACCCUCCUUGUGGUAACAACACCUCCAUGGUAGAGGGGGAUGGGAACAGAGACUAGUGGAGGGGAGAGGCCUGUCUCUCACCCUCCUUGUGGUAA